CUUGCCAUCUGCAACAUCACCACAUUCUCUCGUCGUUUGCUUCAACGACUUUUACUCACCUGCCUUCUCAACGCACUGGAACACAGCUUUGCUGGACAUUGGAAAACAUGUCCGAGUUCCUCGAUGCCUACUGGCAGGCGCCGCCUGUUGCAAGAACAUUUGCAACAGCUGCGCUCGUCACGUCUCUCUCUGUUCUCCUGGGUGUCGCAAACGGAUACUGGUUCAUCUUCAUGCCCCAGUUUCUCUUUCAGUUCCCGCCUCAGAUUUGGCGUCUCGGAACCAACUUCCUGCUCACCGGCCCCCAGCUUGGCCUGCUCUUUGACACGUACUUCCUGUACCACUACCUGACGGCGCUCGAGGUCGGCAACCCCAGGUUCGCCAGGCGCGAGGAUGUCAUUUGGUAUCUCAUGUUCGUGUGCACUGUCAUCACGGCACUCUGCACCUACCUCAUGGGCGGAGGAGCCUUCCUGCCGGCUUUGAUUCUCGCCAUGUGCCGUACCGUCACCCAAGACCAGCGCGGGAUGAAGGCCAACUUCUACUUCGUCACCAUCCCCGCCCAGCUCACCCCCUUCUGCAUGAUGCUCGUGUCGCUGCUGUUCCCCGGCGGAUACUACACCGCCAUGCUCCAGUUUAUGGGCUUCCUGGCCGCUCAUCUCUACGAUUUCCUGUCUCGGGUGUGGCCCGAGUUCAGCGGAGGCAGCAACCUGAUUCCUACGCCCAGCUUCCUGUCUCGUCUCGUGCAGACUCCUCGCUUUAAUCAGCGUGAGUACGGAACUGCCGUUCGCGGUGGCGGUGGCUCGGCCCAAAGUUCGGGUAGCAGCACCGGCGUCUCUCAGGGCGGCGGCGUUUUGCCCGAGUCGUGGAGAACAAGAGGACCCGGUAGACGUCUGGGUUAGAGCACAUGCUACAAGAAUCGUUGUACGAUAGACUUUAAUCGAUUAAUCGUUGAUGAACAUUGUGUUUGUUCCAUGACCCUUUCGAUCACUCUGAUUUACCUGACGCCGCAGGUUAUAU